AUGGCUUUUUCGAUUCUCCUCGCGGACCCUGAAGCCCACAGCCGCCUUAGGGACGUCAUUGCGGAGCAAGGACCAUUCGACGGUAUUAUGGGUUUUAGUCAAGGCGGAUCCAUAGCGUUGUCCUAUUUGUACCAGCAACAGCGCGAAGGCCUCGACCCGGAUCUCAAAUUCGCCGUUCUGCUGUCCUCGGUGGUUCCUUUUUCAGCCGAUCCCCGUACCCACGAGAAAGCAAUCAAACACAUAUUCUGCGACCAGGACUACCACCCUGAAUCCCUGCCUCAGGAUCCAUCAUCAGUGGCGGCAGUAGCCGAGACAAUGAAGGAAGUUCUAUCGCGCACCUUUGCGGCUUCGUGCAGCAUUGGCGCCACGGCCGCCGGCUACGACAAUCGGCUCUUUUUCCGACCGGGGGCGGAUCCAUCGGGCGUGCCGCGCGUGCUGCACCCGCGCCUCCUGGCUGCAGGUGAUGAUUCUCUCGGCAUGCCGACGGUGCACGCGCAUGGCCGCAGAGACGAUGCAGCGAUGAAGGAGAUGGCCGAAGCGGCGCGUGGCAUAUGUGACCCUCGACUGGCUAAGCUGCUGGUACACUCGGGUGCGCACUGUCCCCCGCAGCGGCCGAGCGACGUCACUGCCCUGGUUCAGGCUGUGCACUGGGCCGUUAGGCAACACCUUGAGAGCGCUCAUUUGUGA